AUGUACGCAGACGCAUGUGUGAUCCUCAAUGCCAAACAUGGUGUCAUGGCAGUGCCGACGUUCCCAGAGGGCCAAGCAGUCACAGGCCAGAAUCAGAGUGCAUUGGAGAUCAGUGCCACCAGCCUGGUCACCCUGAAUGAGAUGCUGGCACAGGUGACAUACAGCAGUGCCGUGUACCUCUUAAAGAUGCAAGAUUUGGUGCACUUUAUUUUUGAGGACCAUGAGGUCAUGUUUCCGAUCACAAUCCAGAAGCCUUCUAUUCCUGUUCUUUAUGACCCGGGCGCAGAUAUUAAUUCAAUGGUGACCAUAGUCACCAAGACAUUUUUACGAUAUAAACAGCUGGCAGUCUUGAUCAAAAGCAUCAGGGAGAAAUACCCGGACAUACAAAUCCUUAUCGCAGAUGACAGCCUCAAGAUAGAGAAAGUGGAGGGUCACAAUGUUUACCAGUACACCAUGCCUCAUGCUCAGGGCUGGUUUGCAGGUCGGAAUUUGCUUGUCUCCCAGGUAACCAGCAAGUACUUCCUGUGGGUGGAUGAUGAUUUCCUGUUUGUGAAGGACACCAGCAUUGAGAAGUUUGUGGAGAUUAUGGAAGCUGUGCCAAACCUGGAUGUGCUGGGGGGUGCUGUGGGAGGAGACCAGUUCUACUUCACUCUGGAGCAUGAGGUGGGAGCGGAGGGGGAGGGCGGGUGUCUAUCGCGCCGAAAAAAACAACGACACGCCCCUCUGGACGGCUAUGAGGACUGUGUGCUGGUGGAUGGCGUGGUCAACUACUUCCUGGCAAGGACAGACGCCGUGCGCAGGGUGGGAUUUGACCCCUUGCUACAGCGCACAGCCCAUUCCGAGUUCUUCAUGGAUGGUCUUGGACGGCUGCUGGUGGCGUCUUGUGCAGGACUCGUGAUUGGCCAUCAGAAGCACAGAUCAAGUCGCCAAUAUGUCAGGUUCCGCCAAAACAACCAAGUCAAAGAUAAACUGCAACUACAUUACUUUAAGAACUACCUCAAGUGUGUUGCAUUUUGAACAAGGCUUAGUUGCACUGUUUCACUCACCCCUUUUUUGUUUAUCUUUUGUUUGUUUUUUGUUUAUUCAAUCUUUAUAUUAGUUACGUACUAGUGAAAUAGAAAAAGUGCAACACUCCCUGCUGUAUUUUAAGGAGUUUUUUUUGCAAUCAGGUCUUUUAAUUGUAUAAAAUACCACAGUUUAAUUUGGAGUAGUCCCGAACAUAUUGGGUUUGGUGAUGUUGGGUCAAGGUGAUAUCCAUGUAACGCCAUUCAUACAGGCAAGUAAAUGCAAGUAAAUUAUUAUGUUUGUACUGUAUGUGUAUUUUUUUAAUUGAGCUGUAAGACAAAUUGCCUUUUUAAGGACAUUAAAGCUUUCAAGUGUAGUCCAGUCAUGCAGGCACUAAAUGUAUUUUUUUGGUCAUAUUUACACAGUUGCACUAAUGACUUGUGAAUAUGUUGAAGAAAAUGUGAAGAAAAUGUUUGUGAGUUUCCAGAAGAGCAUGCUCAUGACGUCAUCAAUUCACAACAGCACUGCCAAUCAUU